AUGUCUAGCGAAUCCGUCGACUACUAUGAGGUGUUAGGUAUCUCACCCAAUGCGACUCGAGAUGAAAUCCGCAAAGCCUAUAAGAUGAAAGCUCUCCAGACUCACCCAGACAGGGUGCCAGUAAACCACCCGGAACGUCCAUCGCGGACCCGUCAAUUCCAGCUCGUCAAUGAUGCAUAUUACACACUCUCGGAUCCGACUAGACGUCGAGACUACGAUGCUACGAGAGUACAUCGGCGGAGUUCAGGACCGAGUUAUGAGCGUGAAUGGCAGGACGAACAGUUUGGCGAGUUCUUCGAGGAAAUGAUGGACCAGGAGGGUCUUCGAAAUGAAGUUAGAGAAGGCACCGGCAAGUUCUGGUCGUUACUCGGUGCCAUCGCCGGGGCAAUUAUAGGGUACAUCCUGUAUGACUUCUCGGGACUUCUGGCGGGCUUAUUGGCCGGGAAUAGAUUGGGUGCCGUUCGCGACAAAAAGGGGAAGAGUGUCUAUGAAGUUUUCCAGGAAAUGCCCCAGAACGAGAAGAUGCGGAUUCUGUCACAACUGGCUGCCCGAGUGCUAUCCGGCAUGACUUCCUAA